GCUUAUUUGCUGUGGCAACGUAACAGAUUUUUGUCCUCGCGUGCGUUCACACAACAAGCAGAAACACUGUUUGGAUUAGCGAUGGCGUUUGAUCGCAUGUACGCUCGCGUUUUUGAGCUUCAAACGUGCCCUUUACGGAACACUUGGGAACACGCGGCGCUUUGUCAUUGAAACGCUCGUCAGAUUGUUUCCUCGUCGCUCCGAUACGUCAGUGCUCCAGCAUCCCGACAUCUCUCUGGGAGCGCGUUGAUUCUGCCCUCACAUCCCCGCUACCUGGGAAUGUUACAUGAGGCUACAGCUGCAGCAGGAUGCACUUGCACUGAUUUGUGUUUAGAUACCUGUGACCAGCCGUCUGCGUCGCACAAAAACGUGUCUGUCGUCGGAAACUUGAGGGCUAUGCACGCGCGUGCCCUUAUCUAACUCUGACCGCGAAUCGUUCUGUCGCUCGUGCCAGCGUCGCUUCGUGCGCUAAACCAAAAUGGACAGGUUGCAUUCUUCCAUGCGCAAGCGUCUCUACAGCUUGCCCCAUCAAAUCGGACAGAAAUCGGACGAGGGCGAUGCGGACGCGCGGAGGAAGAGCGUACGCAUGAAGUCGCUGGCGCCUUCAGUCUCUCCCGAGGCCGCGAGCGGCGAGCCAGACGCGCUCAGUGCGCUCAGAGGCAACGCGAACGGCGACUGCCGGAGGUUUAAAGGGAGCCUGUCGUCUGUCACCAGCCGCCACGGAGCGGACGCCGAAGCGCACGAGCAGAAGCGUCUCAUCGCCGAGGAAGAAGACGACGACGACGGCGGUGGCGGAGAUGGAAGUCCGGAGGAAGAUGGAGCGGCGGAGGAAGGCGCGCGCGGCGGCGCUGGUGGUGGUGGCGCGGAGAGCCAGCGCUCGGCCUCGGAUGAGCACGCGACUUUCAUCAAGUUGGAGGGCGUCGAGCAGAUGGCGCCCGACGACGAGCGCCUCUACCAGGCAGGCUUCGUGCACCGGCAGCUGGGCGCCAUGCUGCAGCCCGGAGUCAACAAGUUCUCUCUCCGCAUGUUCGGUAGCGAGAAGGCGGUGGAGCGCGAGCAGGAGCGGGUCAAGUCGGUCGGGUCGUGGAUCAUCCACCCGUACAGCGACUUCAGGUUCUACUGGGACCUGAUAAUGCUGCUUUUGAUGGUGGGAAAUCUGAUCAUCAUCCCAGUGGGCAUCACAUUCUUCAAAGAUGAACAUACGCCAGCCUGGAUUGUUUUCAACGUGGUCUCUGAUACCUUCUUUUUAGUGGACCUAGUCCUGAACUUCCGGACUGGCAUUGUGAAGGAGGAUAGCACAGAGAUCAUCCUGGACCCCCAGCAGAUAAAGGUGAGGUACCUACGCAGCUGGUUUGCCGUGGACUUCAUCUCCUCCAUCCCUGUGGAUUACAUCUUCCUCAUCGUUGAGACACGGAUUGACUCAGACUUCUACAAGACAGCCAGAGCUUUGAGGAUCGUUCGCUUUACUAAGAUUCUGAGUUUGCUCAGGUUGCUGCGACUGUCCCGGCUCAUCAGAUACAUUCAUCAGUGGGAGGAGAUUUUCCACAUGACCUAUGACCUGGCUAGUGCUAUGGUGCGUAUAGUGAACCUGAUUGGUAUGAUGCUGUUGCUGUGCCACUGGGACGGCUGUCUGCAGUUCCUUGUGCCCAUGCUUCAGGACUUUCCUGCCGACUGCUGGGUCUCCAAAAACAAAAUGGUGAAUGAUACUUGGGGUCAGCAGUACUCCUACGCCCUGUUUAAGGCUAUGAGCCACAUGCUGUGUAUUGGGUACGGCAUGUAUCCACCCGUGGGCAUGACAGACGUGUGGCUGACCAUCCUCAGCAUGAUCGUGGGUGCCACCUGCUAUGCCAUGUUUGUGGGUCAUGCCACUGCCCUUAUUCAAUCACUAGACUCGUCUCGAAGGCAAUACCAGGAGAAGUAUAAGCAAGUAGAGCAGUAUAUGUCCUUCCACAAGCUCCCUGCUGACAUGCGCCAAAGGAUCCAUGACUACUAUGAGCACCGUUAUCAGGGCAAGAUGUUUGAUGAAGAGAGCAUUCUUGGAGAGCUGAAUGAGCCACUCCGAGAGGAGAUCAUCAGUUUCAACUGUCGAAAGCUGGUGGCCACCAUGCCCUUGUUUGCUAAUGCAGAUCCCAAUUUUGUAACCUCCAUGCUUACCAAGUUACGCUUUGAAGUCUUCCAGCCAGGAGACUACAUCAUUCGGGAAGGCACCAUAGGAAAGAAAAUGUAUUUCAUCCAACAUGGUGUGCUGACAGUUCUGACCAAGGGCAGUAAAGAGACAAAGAUUUCAGAUGGGUCUUACUUUGGAGAGAUCUGUUUACUGACUCGGGGCAGAAGAACAGCCAGUGUGAGAGCAGAGACAUAUUGCCGUCUGUACUCUCUAUCUGUGGACAACUUUAACGAAGUGUUGGAAGAGUACCCAAUGAUGCGUCGGGCUUUUGAGACAGUAGCCCUUGAUCGUCUAGACCGCAUUGGAAAGAGAAACUCUGUUCUCCAGCACAAAGUGCAGCGAGAUCUCAACUCAGGUGUGCUGAACUUUCAGGAGAAUGAAAUCAUCCAGCAGAUUGUACAGCAUGAUAGAGACAUGGCUCACUGUGCCCACCUAAUGCAGACGCCCUCACCAGGUCCUCAUACAACCCCAGCACCUUCUUCUCACACUCCAGUUAUCUGGGCUCCUCUCAUCCAGGCUCCACUCCAAGCUGCGGCAGCCACUACCUCGGUGGCCAUUGCACUUACCCGCCACCCACAUCUGCCACAUACACUUUUCCGGCCUCCGGUACCCAUGUUGGGUUCACUGAAAGAUCCACCAGGACAUUUUAAAAGGUUCCCUUUGGUUUCUGGUGUUACUACAUUGGGUAGCUCAUCCUCUGGAGCAAGUUCUCAGCUUGGCUCUGGAGUGGAGACCCCUAUUUUGGAUUCACUGAGAGCCAAGAGUUCUGCAACAUCUUCCUCACCUCCUUUGCCUUCUGCCUCCAGUUCUUUGCCGUCUUCCACAACAACCACCAUCACCACCAUCACAUCCAGCAUCAGCGAGGCCUCCACAUUCUCCCAGAGACCGCUCAGCACCUGUGGUUCUGGAAUCUCCAGUUUGGCUCAGCUCCAUCCCCAACCUCAGCUUCCACAUGCUUCCUUCUCCAGCAUUACUGCUCCUCUGCCUGGCUUCUUCCAAAAAGGGGCAGUAGGAAGAGACGUGGCUCAAUUUGCCAUUCCCUCUGCCUCUACCAUCACUCCUUUGAUAGCCCAUUCCAUUAGCCCUAUACUGACGCAACUGCAGUCCACUCAGCCCAAUCCUCCUCAAGUUAAGUGCAGUCAGGAGGUGAGCAAACCAGUUAGGACAACCACUCCAUCACCUUCUACUGGAUCCCCACUUUGCUCUGCAAAUCUCUUAGAGCCAACUGUCCCAAAUCCCCAGACUCAGGAUCCUCAGAGUAGUGAUCAUCUUCUCCAGCUCUCCCAUGAACCAUCCGCUCUGGCUUCACUUGCUCAGUAUGGCUCUGGAAAUGCUUCCCCUUGUAGUACCCCACCAGCCUGGAGCCCUACUUUCCAGAGUCCUGUGGUGCAGAGGAAGCGGACACCCAUUAAUAGCAAUCCCUCAAGUACCUCAGGAUCCCAAAGCUCUCUCCUGUCCCCUCAGACCAUUUGUCCUCUGCCUUCCCAGUCACAAGAGAGGGUGGGGUCUCUGGUUGAUCUCCCUUCUCAGGACGUCAGCACUAUUUCCAUAUCGCUUCCUUCCCCACGACCCUUUGAGAGGCCCAAACUAAUAAGACAAGGCCCACAUGUCCCAGAUCAGUCACAUCUGAUAUCAGUGUCUGGGUUCAGCCAUACUUCUUUCCCAACCCCUGUUACCAAACCCUAUAGUUCAAUACCUGGCCAUGUGGCCCUGUCAAGACAGACUUCCAAAGUGUCCCAAGCCCAGACUGGGUCUCCUGGUGGCCCUGGGUCUCGAGACAGUUCCAUUCCAGGGACCCCAAGCUUACACCCCAAACUCCCAUCAAACUUAUGAAAAUGGAUUGUACUCUUGUCUAUUGUACAGAUCAUGUUUUUAUCAGUGAACAAUAUCUAUCAAAGAACAUAACUUUUAUAGCUAAAAAGAUGUGUGUCUACCUGUAUUUAUAACAGUGCAAUGACUACUUCUCAAGUCAUAAUGCCAAAUGAAGGAAUAGGUAUGUGUCUGAUGAUUGAAUGAGAGUGUAUGUAAGUGUAGGUUUGUGACUGGGUGGUGAAUAAGUGUACUAUUUGAAUUUGUCUUCCAAGUUCCUUUAGCAAUUUUGCAAUACUAAUGAUGGUAACAUUAUGUAGGGAUAUGCAACAGAUAGCAGUUUCCAAAAAAAAAAAAAAAAAAAAAAAAAAAUUAAAAAAACAUCAACCAGUAAUAACAGGGUUAUGGGUGAUCCUCGAGAAGUAUGCUGGGAAAGAGAUGCAAAUAUACUUCUUGCUAUAUAUCAUGUCAUUUUGGUAAAAGAGCAGUUACUAAAGUUCUCACUUAUCAGGUUCGGGACACAAAUACAUAUACACAGGCAUACGCAUAGUCAUGUUCAUUAUCAGACAUGCACUGAUCGUUUCACUAGACCUUCCCCCUAUCUAUACUUCCUUGUUAACCAAGGCACACUGCUCAGUAUCUAUGGCCUUUCCUUUUUUAACAGCAUUGCCUUAGAGCCUGAACGACCAGGGAACAAUCCCCUCACUUCCACUGCAAAAGAGAUAAGAUAAAGAAUGUAUUGCAAUCAUUUUAUAUGUGCUUUGUAUGUGUACUUGUGCAGUACUUAAGCAAUAAAACUGUAUGCUUGGUUUUGUACCUGCACAGAGAUUUGUACAUUGCAGCUUUCUUCCUAACAAAGAAAAUAUAUAGGCUCAUAAAGGUGAUUGAUUACAUGUUAAUAUGAUAUUGUGAUAUAAGCCCAUUUAAUGCCAAAGCUUGUGUUUCCAGAACUGCAACUGUAAAUUUGCAUUGUGAUUGUUUUAAUGUACUGGAAAAUACCCCAUAUUCCACACUGUGAUGGACUGGGAGAUUCUGUCCAUGGUGUACUCCCACCUUGCACCCAGUGUUCCCGGGAUAGAAUCCGGAUCCACCGCAACCCUCCAGGAUAAAGCACUGACUAAAGAUGAAUGAAUGAUGAAUGAGCAUAUUUGCAUGGCAUUAUUUCAUUAACAUUAAUAUUUAAUAUCUAUUUGUAAUGAAAAUUCAACUUUGUCCCAACCAGAUAUUUGACAAAAACAUACAGUAAUAAACGCUUCUUUUUUUUUUUUUUUUGUCAUACUCAUAAAAAUUGGCUUAGAACUAUCAAGUGUCCUUCCUCUUGAGCACUGGUUGUUCUGCUUGAUUAUGCAGAAGUGUUGUAACGCUGAAUGUACUGCACAUGAUCUGAAACCUGCAAGACUUGAAAUACUUUUAUCUGGGAACAACAAAAACUCAGUCCAUGACCAUUACUGCCCAGUAGGUUCAAUUUCUGUAUCUUGGAUGAAUUUGUAUCUUGACUUAUCUAUAUCUUGAAUGACACCUAUUUGUUUGUUUGUUUGUUUGUUUGGGAGAAAGAUAAGCAUUAGUGAGAAAUCACAGUUGAAAGCUGGUAUUUAAAGAUCUUUUCUCUUUGCAUUUGUUAAGCAUGUUGUCAUUGUAACAUUCAUACUAUUAUUACCUUUUACACUACCUCAAGUCUCAACAUUUUCAUCUAUAUAUCUACAUGGGAAAAAGAAAUAUAACAGUGACACACAGUCCUAGAUACUUAUCUAACUAUUCUAUCUAUUAUCAUUUAGCCUAUUUAUCAGUACUACGGAGUAAUAUUAAGUACUCAGUAUAGAUUAUUAUGUUAUGUGCUUAAUGGUGUGUGAGAGUCUAUGUAUGUAUGCAUGUGGGAAUAUGCAUUUAUUAUUUUUAUGACAAGUGUAUCAUAGCAUUAAUGAUGUGCUACAUUGUUUGUUUGUUUGUUUGUUUUAUGUUUCACAUAUAUUUAGACAUUUAAGUGUUAUUCUUCUGGAAUGACUAUCAAGAAGGUCAAGUGAAAAAGGUCAUUUGCAUCAAAUUUCGUUUCUAAAUGAUUGUGUCACUUUGACUUUUCCUUGCCAGCAUCAGUUUACAUAUGUAAAUACCUUGAUAAUAAAAAUACCCCAAGGUGGACAUUUUUGUAUUUAACAGUUUAUCAGAAAUACAGAUUAAUUGCUUUAAUAUGAAUGAAUAUAUCACACCAAAAAAAAAAAAAAACAUAAUUUAACCCUAUUCAUAAGGUAAUUAUACUCAUAAUUAAAAACCAAGAAUAAAUUUUUUUGCCAUGACCAUUUAGUUUUCUAUUCUCUCUGUCUGUUUCAGUCAUUCAUGGACGUUCUUCCAUAUGUGACUGAAUAUUUUCAUCUUUUGCAUUAUUGCAUGCAGAGAGCAAGUAUGAAGGCAAUAUCAUUAAGAAGUAGUAUUCUCUUUUAGAUAUUGGUGCCUUAUUGAGGCUUUUGGGUCUGUUCUAGAGCAUGAGACUUCUAACAUUGCUUCACUAGGGGACAGAGAUAACAAUGUCCACUUCAUAUACACCGCCAACGCAGUGCUGGAUCAAUCUUUAUCUCCCAC